CUUUAGAGAGAGAAGGGGCAUUUGGACAUGUUUUAGAGAGAGAAGGGAAUUGAGGGGCGGAGUGGGCUUGAGAGAGAGAGAGAGAGCUGAGUGGCAAUAAAUUACAGAGACAAGGCGACCACAUAUAAGAGAGAGAGAAGGGGGGUUUAGAGAGAGAGAGGCUUUUUCAACCGUUGAUGGGGGGUCUUCAUCCUCAUCGACACAUUCAACCGCCAUCCCUAACUGCACCUCGCGCUUAGGUCUAGAGGGACCUUCCUCUGCACUUGAUUUGCGCCUCCUCUGCAACUUGCCCUGAAAGGUCGUCUGUGCACUAGAGCUUCUUCUCUGGGCUUUCUCCAACCUUGCCCUAAAUAUUUUAUGGAAGAUAAGGCCCUCAGUGGUGAACAGAAGGAUACAGUACACGACACUUAUUGUGAACCUGCAAUUGAUCAUGGAUUUUGUGCUAUUUGCUUGGAGAAAAUAUUACUUGAGGAGACUGCUCAUGUGACAGGUUGCGAGCAUGCUUACUGUGCUACAUGCAUCCUUAGAUGGGCUUCGUACAAUGCAAAUCCUUCUUGUCCCCAAUGCAAGCAUCCUUUCCUUUCUCUCCUCGUUCAUCGUUCUCUUGAUGGCAGGAUCCAUGAUUAUAUGUUUGAGGAGAGUGUAUGUUUACUCUUGAGGGCUCCUUGGUACACACCAGUAACUUUAGAGACUCAAAAGGAGGCUAUAGAAGAACAGGAAGAACAUCAGUAUGAGUACGAUGAUGUCGAUGACUAUGUCGAAGAUGCUUUCUAUGGCAAUAUGGCAGGUCUUCGCAUUGGAAACAGGCGUUGGGGUGAUGGGGGCUAUGUACGAGCUGGUCGCAAAGAAGCAAUGCCUAUUGUUGAAAGAGCAAGAUCUCAUGGACAAGAAGCUGGUGGUUCUUCACGAGCUCAAGGAAAGAAACCAGCCUCAAGAGAGGAGCAUGGCAGGCGUGCUAAGAGGGCCCAAAAGCGCGAAGCUGCAGACAAGGCUGCAGCUGCAAAGCACCAAGAACACUUGCAAAGAAUGGGGCGCAUAUAAGGGUAUAUAUGCAUGUAUAGGAAUCAUUGCCUUGAUCCUUUAUGUUGUUAAAGGAAAAUCAUAAAAUGUACAGUAUUUUGGACAUUUUAGUUGCACAUCUUCUUGGAAUAAUAUUUUAGGAAACAUUUUGUGACAAGUAUUUUAGAAAGAAAAUGUACCUUCAGUAUU